AUGGGUCAUCUCCAUAAUUCAUGUAGGCGUCCACUUAUUUCGUUUCUUGAGCUGUUGUCAAGAAAUCGGCUAAUUGUUCUUGCUCCAGCCAAGUGCUUCAAACUUCUGAAUUUACUCUUGUUCACAUUUAUCGUUGAGCAUCCUUAUCAAGCACAACUGAUUGCUCAACUUCAAGAGCAUCAUUUUGAUCAAUAUAUGAUAUAUUUGGCUAACAGACGCACUGAAACUGCUUGUUCUGGCGCGCCCAACCUAGCCUCUGUCUCAGUUGCUGAAUCAGCUAAUGGACAACCGAAUGUUACUAGCAGCCAGGUAAUAUUUAACGUAGAACUCAUCAGUCGGUUUUACUUUGUUAUCAAUGUCCUACUCCAUAGCAAAGUUUUGUGUAUAUAG